CAUAACCUAACAUAACCUCGUCUAACGCAGAGUUCUCGCUCGGUUUCAUUUCUCUCGACUCAUCUCACCGAAUAAGGCAAGAAAAAGAAAACGAAGAGACACUCGAUCCUUAACGCGUACGGUUCCACUAUUUUUUCCGUAUACGCCCUUUAGGAGCGUAAAAAACGUCCGUGCAAACACGUACGAUAAAUAAUGUCUGACCCGCGUAUAAGGACGCUCAAGAUUAAGACGGGAGUAGUGAAGCGUCUUGCGAAAGAAAAGAUUACGUACGAGAAAGAAGCGGCACUACAACGUGACAAGAUACAAAAAUUGAAAGAGCAGGACAAAGACGACUACAACAUAAGGAAACAAGAAGAUGUACUUCAAGAGUCUCUUAUGAUGGUGCCGGAUUGUCAGAGGCGUCUCGUUAAAGCAUUUGACGAGCUCAAGAAGAUUCUGGAGACCGAGCAGGACUUGAAAGAAGUCGAGGAUUACAUAGAAGCAGAGAAAGUGCUGCGAGAAGCAGAAGCGCAAUUACCAAAAGAAGGAAAUAUCCUGCAGAUGUGUUAAAAAGUGCUUUCACGUGACUGGCUAAAUUAUUUUUCAACAUUAUUUGACACUUUCUUUCUUCUUAUAUUUACUAACCUUUCAUGAUCAAAACGGACUAAUUUUAACACACA